AUGACAAAAACCAGUUAUGAGCAGAAGAGGGAUGAGAAUGUAAAGCAUGUUCAGGAAGUUUUUAAGUCUUUCGGUAUUCCAAUCUUAGCUCAGUCUAUUAGAGAAGUUAUAUCAAAAAAGGAAAAGGGCAGGGGGAAUUCAGAAUCUGACAAUCCAGAAUCUGACAUUGAAUAUGACCCCUCCUCUGAUGUUGAUAAACAAUCUGACACUGAUGAUGACUAUGACGAUGACCUCAAUAAUGAGGUCAAUACCGAGGUAGGAGCGAUGGUUCCAGGAACUCGCCCUCAGAAGAAGCAAAAGGCAGCAAUAAUGGCGGCUGCCAACCAGCAAGAACUGCGGACGCCAAUAAAACUCACUAGGCAAAGUGCAGCCAUGCCUUCGCCUAGAGGCCGUCCACCACCUAGGAUAAGAAAUCCCUUGCCUCCUAAGAACACUUCCAAAGCCAAACCUAAACCUAUUGCCAUCUCUAGUGCCAGCCAACUGCAAGGCCACCUCACACCAAACACCAGCAACACCACAGAGACUACUAGCACAGUGCCUAGUAAUCCAACUAAGACGACAAACAGUCCAGCCAUGUCUGCGCCACUUCAAAAAACAGUGCCUAGUCCUCUUAGAUUCACCAGUCUAGCCAUGUCUUCGCCUGGUGCUAACCCUGAGCAUACUAGGACCAGUCCAGCCAUGUCUAUGCCUGCUGUAAAGCCAAUGCCUAGUCCUCCUAGAUUCACCAGGCAAAGUGCAGCCAUGUCUUCGCCUGGUGCUAACCCUAAGCAUACUCCUAGACCCACUAUUACCAUGUCUCAGUCGAGGCAAAUGACUCCCGCAACUAGUAUUAACCAGCCAAUCCCUACAGACACCUCGCCAGGUGGCCAGAGCUCUAGGCAAAGCAAUGACAUCAAUGAGUCAGCUGAGCAAUUUGAUGCUGCUAAUUCAGAGGGUAAUACAUGUGAAGGAGAACCAAGUGAUGACUUAGUUCCAAUGCGCCAAAAGAAUGUCCGCAAGAAAACCAUGGGUCAUGGCUUAGAGAAGAUGAUAAAUAGAGGAAAGAAGUUGGCUAUCCAGGUGGCUGAAGGGAAGAAAAGACCUGAUGUACCACUUCAGGCAGCGAAACUAGCAUCAGAAACUGGUGUUGCCCUGAGAGACAACCUGCCUAUCUUAACAUCUUGGAAGCUAUAUCAAAAAGAUGCGGGACCGGCACAAAUAACAAAAGUGCUUGAGAAAGUGGCGUCAAGGUUGGAUGUGGAUAUUAAGAAUGAGAGACCAAGCAAAGCUGCAUGCACUGAUAUCAUCAAGAAGGGAGAAAAAUCUGCUAAGAAUAAAGUUAACCGAGGCCAAGUGCAGCUGCACCAAAAGACUAGAGCUAGGUCAUAUAUUGCCCAUCGAUACAGCCUGAGGCCUAAGUACAACAACAUGGAACCAGAUGUUGUUGAUUUCUUUGGGGAGUGCAUGACUAGUCGCCAAAGUGGUCGUACUCCUCUUGCAGAUGAAAUAUAUGAACAAAUGGUGGCAGAGAAGGAAAGAGAGCCAGAAGAAGGAGAAGCACAAAAGUCUCCCUCCACUAUUGUUGCUGAAAGUCUCAGCCACAUCAGCCAUUCAUCCACCUUUCUUCCAAACAUUGGUGUCCCUAGACUGUCGAAGACUGGCCAAGCCUCAUCGACAGCAGCACAAGCACGCCUUCAAGCUGAGUUUGAGGCAAGGCUUCAAGCUGAAAGAGAUGAAGCUGCUAGGAAGCAGGAAGAAUUGCAAGCACAGCUUCAAGCUCAGCAGGCCACACUCCAAGAAAACCAAAGUUUGCUACGCCAGACUCAAGAGGAAGUGAAGGGGAUGAAUACCAAGUUUGAAGAGACUAAUGCACUGCUGCGAGCUAUCCUCAAACUUCAGAAAGAUUGA